AUGCCUGGAUCUAUCAAGUCUCUUAAGCGUCGGCCUACAGCCAAGUCAGCUGCCAAACGCAUCGGCCGAAUGUUCAAGCGUACAAACAGCAAUGAACCCGAGGCAACUUCACCUGCAGACUCGGGCUUCUCAAAGGACUCAUUUGACAGUUCUCGAGUUUCAACAUCGUCCCGAUUCUCUACAUCCUCACGUAUGACUACAAAGGAGAAUAUCGAACAGCCUCGCCCUUCUGUAUCUCGAUACGACACUGCACCGCCGAAAGAACGCGAAGUGGUACCCCCUCACCCUUUCUUCUCGUCAAACUCGGAGCCGCUUCUUGAGAAUGGGAAGCCUGUUGGGCCUGACGUGCCAGUUCAAACUGAAAUAGUGAUUGAACCUGGCACGUUGCCUUCACCUGUUGACAAAGAGUUAAAGGAUGAACCCAAGUUGUCCCAAACAAAGCUCGAACAGAAGCCUCAGUCGGUUGAGAAGCCUGAGGAUAUGGACAAGGCGUCAGAGCCACUUCAACAGAUCACUACACCCAAGCAAGCACCACGCCCAUUGCCAGAGCCCCCAGUAAAGAAGAAUGUACUUCCUGAACCCGAGUCGCCGAUUCUCCCAAGAAAAUUGAGAGAGGAGUCUAAGGUCACCCCUCAGCCAAUGCCCAAGUUCGAGGUGAAGAUGUCACAGAAGCCCGAACUAAAGGUUGAGCCAAAAGCUGAGCCGAUCAAGAAGGCGGUAGUUCCACCUCCAACCGUGGAAGAUGAGCCAGAGGCUAUCGUCAUGCCCGUCAAGGAACAACCAAGACAGAAGCCCAAAGCUGAAGUCAAACAAACUCCCCCAAAAGUUGACCAUCAGACGGUAUCUAAGGCUCAGCCUAAGGAUGUCCAGUCAGAUAUGGAACCCGAGGUGCAGCCAAAGACUCAGACUCACAAGAAGAGCAAAACUGUUCGACCUCCUCCUAUUUCUGAAGUCACCCAAAAGCCGUCAAAGGCACCAACUCCAGAAGUCCCAGCUACUUCAUCGGCGUCAACUGUUAUCACGGUGCCAUCCGUGACAGCAACAUCUUCUGCCCCAAAGGUUGCUUCUAUUCCCAACACAGCAUCGGUUCCAACAUACUCCGUCACACUCAACAUAUCAACAAUAUUUGUGCCCAAAACAGCCCCGGCUCCUUAUACGGCUCGAGCCCCUAUGACAGCCCCGGCUCCGAUCAUAGCUACUGCACCCAAAGUUGUCAUGUCAAUGCUCGAUUGGACUCUCCCAAAGCCUGCUCCGAUCCCUAAACGAGCUCAUUCUCCUGCAACCUCAUGGAUCGUAUCUUCCGCCUGA